AUAAUUCUUUCUCCCAGACAUAACAAGACGUCUGUUAACCCAUACCACCAACUGUUUUCAAUCCAGCGGCCCAGUAGACCCAGGACCUCUCACGUCUCGCCCAGGUAGCCAAACGCGCGCGCCAUUCUCCAAAGUCAAUAUGUCGGCACCUCAGGAUCCCAUCUCGUCCAAUGGCGGUGAUAUCAGCGAGUCUCUCGACCAGCUCAAGCUCGGGGACAACGAGCCUCGUCUCGGCCCGGAUGGAGAGCCUGCACCAAAGACAGACGAAGAGUAUGCCCAGACGCCGUUGACUUUGAGGGCGAUCGUAUCGUCCAAGGAAGCUGGCGUCAUCAUCGGGAAAGGCGGCAAGAAUGUCGCUGACUUGCGGGACGAGACAGGCGUCAAGGCUGGUGUCAGUAAGGUCGUGCAGGGCGUGCACGACCGGGUUUUGACCAUCACAGGUGGCUGCGAGGCCAUCUCUAGAGCCUAUGCGGUUGUUGCGCGAGCCCUCUUGGAAGGCGCUCCGUCAAUGGGCAUGGGAGGAGUCAUCCAGGGCAAUGGCUCUAACCCGAUCAAGCUACUCAUUUCUCACAACCAGAUGGGCACGAUCAUUGGUCGGCAGGGCCUCAAGAUCAAGCACAUCCAAGAUGUAUCAGGCGUUCGCAUGGUAGCACAGAAAGAGAUGCUGCCGCAGUCGACCGAGCGGAUAGUCGAGGUCCAGGGCACUCCUGAAGGCAUCCAGCGCGCUGUCUGGGAAAUCUGCAAGUGCCUGGUCGACGAUUGGCAGCGCGGCACCGGCACUGUUUUGUACAAUCCUGUUGUUCGCACGCAGACUCCCGGUGCGCCGGCUGGCCCAAUCGGCGGUGGAAGCAAUUUUGCACAGGAGAGAGUGCCCUACGGUGGAGGUGGAGGUGGCAGUGGCUCUCGUGUCACGCGAACAGGUAACGGCGCCGAUUUCAGCAACGGUGGGCAGCGCCCAUAUGGUCGCCGUUCUGAUUCUGAUGCAGCCUCCCGUGGUCCGCCAACCCAUGACGAGAACGGGGAGGAGAUCCAGACGCAGAACAUCAGCAUCCCGGCAGACAUGGUUGGCUGUAUCAUUGGACGUGCCGGCUCCAAGAUUAGCGAAAUCCGCAAGACUUCUGGAGCCCGUAUCUCGAUUGCAAAGGCCCCCCAUGACGAAACCGGCGAGAGGAUGUUUACCAUCAUGGGCACAGCUAAGUCGAAUGAGAGUGCUCUUUUCCUUCUCUACGAGAACUUAGAGGCGGAGAAGAUGCGCCGUCAGCAGCAGGCUUCUCAGCCAUCCGAGUAGAGCCCGGACGGCGUGAACCAAGGUCCAAGGCUGUAAUCACAACGUGUAAUUCACUGAAGAUGCACAGAGUGGAAUGAUUACCAACCGGCCAGCGACAUUCUCCGGGCUUUCUGAGUUUGAUCGGAUUUGGCAGCCACUCAUUUCGGGUCCUUUCCAGAUCUGGCUGCCGCAAGGCGUAUUUAUUUUUUUCGGCGGAUGGAAAACGAUGUGACGACACUUCAUUACCAACAAAAAGCAUUUUGCCGGCCUUUUCUUUUUCUUGAACUGGUUUCACUCCCUUAGCUUACCAUUUUUAUUCGGCGACCAGCUACUCCACCACUUCAUCUCGAUAUUCGGCUUGAUUUUUUCGGCAUCGGGUGCGCGGCAUAACGCCUAGAUGGCCGGGGGCGUCGACGGGAUGUGCACGGCUGCCGCGCAGGGCAUCCGGGCGCCUCGGC